AGGGGCGGGCUUCCUCUUACUAGGAUGACGGAAUCACGUCGUUCUGAACAUCAGAGAGCUUUAAAGUGCGAGUUCAUCAUCUUUCACAUCUAAGUUGUUUAUACCUCCCGCUGGAGAAAGAGACUUUCAGGUCUCAGUUCCUGGAUCAGUUCUGGUUCAGAGAGCAUCAACGAUAAAGCGCAUCAGACAGCCCGACGCUGCCACAGAAGGCGUUAGCUUGUAACUUCAUUACUGUAGUGUCGGGUUGGGGAGCUAACAGCACUGCUACGUUAGCUAGCUAGCUCUAGCUGUUGACGGCAAGGCGUUCUGUAGCAUACAUACUUGCUCGCCUGCUACAAGAUUUGACCGCUUGGACGUUAUAAAGAAGAAAGUGAACUUCAUUGUGUUCCAGCUCCUGCAUUGGAGUUCUGGUGUAACGACUGUACUUCGCCCCUAUCUUCAUGAACUGUCAAUAGCACAAAAGGCUUGUUGGUACAAAGCGAGUGUGACUGCAGGUCAGGGUACAUGCCUGAGUAGGGGCUGCUGGGCUGAGGGAGGCAGAGAGAGAGUAGCCUUCCCUGGGUGUGGGUGGACCUGCUGCCCCCUGCCCUGGCCAUGAUGGCCCCCCGGAGGAAGACCAGCAGGACCCAGUUGGCUGGGGGCGGCCAGGCAGACCCCCCCAGGCUGGAGGAGCCUAAAGACUACAUCAAUGAGCUGUCACACGAGGUCCUCUGCCACAUAUUCAGGUACCUGCCCAUGCAAGACAUAAUGUGCAUGGAGUGCCUGUCCAGGAAGUUGAGGGAGGCGGUGACUCUCUACCUCAGGGUGGUCAAGGUGGUGGAUCUGUGUGCCAGCCGCUGGUGGGAGUACAUGCCCUCAGGUUUCACAGACUCCAGCUUCCUGUUGCUACUGAAGAAGAUGCCUGACCUGGAGCAGCUUUAUGGGCUGCACCCUCGUUACCUGGAGCGCCGCAGGGUCAGAGGUUACGAGGCAUUCAGUAUUCCUGGCGUCCUUGAGGCCCUUCAGGCCUGUCCUAAUCUGCUGGUGCGUAAGAUGAGUCACUCUGAGCUGGUGAAGUAUGGCCUGGCUGACGUGAUUGAGAACCCGGGCAUCAUCACAGACAUCGGCAUGAAGGCUGUCAACGAGGUUUUCUCCUCCAUCAAAUAUCUUGUCAUCUACAACUGCCCCCACCUGCACAACCCCCACACAUGGAUCACAGACCACUCUCGGUGGAGCAGGCUAGUGGACCUGACUCUGGUACGUUGCCAUGCCAUCAAGCUGGAGUCGUUCAGCCAGUUCAUCGAGCUGCUGCCCAGCCUGGAGUUCAUCUCCCUGGACCAGAUGUUCAGAGAACCACCUAAGGGAUGUGCCCGUGUUGGUCUGAGCGCUGGGACAGGCAUCGGGGUCUCCUCCGCGCUGGUCAGCAACCAGAACUCCAACAAUGACAACGACAAUAACAACAACAACAACCACCACCAGAACAACAACAACGAGGCUAACCUGCCCCCCCCGCCCCCCCCCUCCUCACAACCAGGAGGCCCCUCCUCCCCCCCGACAGCAGCACCAUGCGGAAGCUGGUUAAAGCAAGAGCUGGCCGAGGUGAACGGGCUGGAUGGGAUGGGGGGGCUGGGCCAGGAGGACCUGCAGCCCGAGGCCAGGCCUCUCCGAGGGGCCGGAGCCGUGGAAGAGCCUGUGGAGAUGGAGGCGAGGGCAGUGCGAGCGGAGGAGGUGGUGGUGGUGAGGGUGGAGGCCCCUGGGCCCAGCCAGCCCCCUGACCCUCAGCUGGACGAGGAGCAAGCAGGUCCUAGUGGGGUCCAGAGUGUUCUGAAGAAUCCCCCUGUGGUGAUGUCAGACUCUGAUAGCGAGGAGGAGGAGCCGGCUAAUAGGCCACAGCCUGCUUCCUGUCCCACAUCCAUUUCCUGUCCCCAGCACCCCUACAGUGGGGGAGGGGCUACAGAGGCAGCCAUGCCCACACCAAAGGCCACACCCACAUGCAAGAUAAGCACUGCUAUUGGCCAGGACCCCCCAGCCCCCCCCAGCAGUGAGUGUUGCCGUGCAGAUGAAGUUACAGGUAGUGUCUACAGCAUGGCUUGUGUGUGCGGUAAAGGGAAGACCCCCCUGCGCAGGCGAGGUCUUGCCCUCCAGGAGCCCAGCUGUGAGAAGGGCUGUCAGGUGACCAGUGACCAGAUCAAGGCUGACAUGAAAGCAGCCACUGAGCUGGGGGACAGGGGGGCAACAGGAACCUCUGCCGGGGGUGCCACCUGGAGCACCACUGGGGGGUCUGGAGCUGCCUCUGGGGGGUCCGGAGCCACUCGGUCUGGAGGUGGUGGCUCUGGAGCAGGAGAGGCUGGGGGGGCAGGCUCCACCACAGGAGGAUGUGUGUGUUCCAUACGCUGGAGAGAGGACUCAGCCAAUCAGGAGGACAGAGGAGGGGAGGGGCCUGGGAGAGGAGGGGAGGGGCCUGGGAGGGGAGGGGCAGAGCCUAGUCAGGAAGGGGCGGGGCCUAGGAGAGGAGGGGCGGUGGAGGAGGAGAGGAGCGUGAGGGCGGGUUGCUACUGCAGCAGGGUUCGCUACAGCCCCGCCCCAGGGGCAAGGACUAGAGGCCAGCCUUGCCCCCCAGACCCUUCAGCCUCUCCUGGGGCAGCAGAGGGGGAAAGGAUCCCAACCAGGAACCCAGGGUGGCUGGAUCCAGCAGAGGAGGCAGCAGGGUGCAGUCCAGCCAGAGGAGGGAGCGUGGCAGGGGGGCCGAGAGAGGGCACAGAAGCUCCAGGCUCCAGGAGGGCCAGGGGAGAAGAGUCUGCCCAGGAUAGGGGCCCUCGAGACGGCUUCCCCAGGAGGCCACUCACCCGAGCUCGGAGCCGACUGUCCUCAGUCCCCCUGGAGGCAGAGGCUGAUCUGUCCAGAGCCAGGCCCAGGGUCACGGUGAAGAGGAAACGAACAGCCGACAAAUCCACCAGCACCUCGGACCCUGUCACUGAGGACGACCACGUACAGGUGCUGAGUCUGAAGUCUAAGAACUUGGUUGGCAUCACCCUCACCAACUGUGGCAUCACGGACCUGGUGCUGAAGGAGUGCCCCAAGAUGAUGUUUGUCCAUGCUACACGCUGCAGGGUCCUAAAGCACCUGCGUGUGGACAGCGCACCCAUCGUCAACCGCCUGGACUUUGCCCAGUGUAAGAAGCUGGACAUGGAGCAGGUCCUGGAUCAGAUCCUACGCAUGCCCCCGGAGAGAAACCGCAUCAUCUACAUGCGCCCCAUGCAGCAGAUCGACUCCCUAGCCCUGGAGAGACAGCUGUUCCGGGGGCCCUACCCCUACCACAUCGCCCUGGUCCACGAGUUCAGCAACCCCCCAAACGUACGCAACAAGGUCCGCAUACGAAGCUGGAUGGACACCAUUGCCAACAUCAGCCAGGAGCUGAUCAAGUAUGAGUUGUUUCCCGAGGCGACGAGGACAGAGGAGGACGUGAGGAAGCAUCCCAGCUAUCCGUGGGGCCGGGACAUCUACACUCUGGAGGGCGUGGUAGACGGAGCUCCCUACUCCAUGAUUACAGACUUCCCCUGGCUGAGGACCCUGAGGACAGCAGACCCCAACAGCUACGCCCGCUACGACUUUGAGGAUGAUGAGAGCACCACCAUCUACGCCCCCCGCAGGAAGGGCCAGCUGUCGGCCGACAUCUGCAUGGAGACCAUCGGGGAGGAGAUCUCGGAGCGGCGGCAGGCGCGGCGAGGGGUCUUCCAGAGGGUGGUGGUGGUCUUCAUCCACUACUGCGAUGUCAGGGGGGAGCCCGUGGACGACGACUACAUCUAGACCUGCCCCACCCCCUCUACCUCCCCUUCACCUCUGACUGUUACUCCACCGAUAGACUGCGCUGGGAUGGGGGGGGUCUCUAGUUGCCUUGUUUUUGUAUUAGCUGACCUGACUUUGCAGGAGAGGUGAGUGGGGAGAGAGAUGGCUGACUGGUGGUGUGUGUGUCUGUGUGACUGAGUGCUGGGUUCUGUUAAACAGCUCUGUCCUCCACCGCUACUGCUGCUCGGUGUGUGUGUGUGUGUGUGUGGGAGAGAGGGAGAGAGGGAGAGAGGGAGGGAGGGAGGGAGGGAGGGAGGGAGAGAAGUGAGUCCACUGCCAGAGGCCUACCAAUAACUGUCCCCCAGACCCAGGUCGCUGACAAACAAACAAGAUGCUUGUUGAUUACCUCAGAGCUGGCACUUCUGGUUCAGAUUGGACUGGGUCAACUGAAAGCAAGUGUGCCAGGAGUGUAUGCCAGUGUUUGUGAGAGUAUUUCACCCCAGGUUUGCUGCUCCCCCCCCCCCCCCUCCCCUCCACCAUGAUAGAAGUGUCCUUUGUCUGCUCUGAGACACAAAACUAUUUGGUCUUGGUUUGUUCUCCACAUCCGAUUUUUUGUGUUAUUUAUUUUCUUUUAAGUUUUCCCGUUGUGUGUGUGUGUGUGCAUGAGUGGUAUUUUGGUUCAGAGCUUGUGUGGUGAUUGUGUUGGUAUAGUAUGUGUGUCACAAUUAUGCUAACCCAGGAAGAUAAAAAAGUGAAUAGAAUAAAGAAUGAGCCUGAUAGAUGAUGGCUGCCCAGCAGAGCAGAGAAGACCUUCAGUGAUCAUCUGGAUCUAUGGGGUGGACCAGUAGCUUCACAGUCUGACUGAAGCAGAGGACUAAUCCAACCUGAUCCUUAUACCGUAAGAGUUUGCUGAUGUUCAGACAAGCCAAUUAGCUAUAUUGUGCCAGGCAAGAUCAAUUGAGCACAGAUAAAUAUUUCAAGUCAUUUCAUUUAGUGUUUUGACCCAGGUUUGGUGGAGUGGCUUUAUGGACGAGGCCAGGCGGGGGUGUUAAAGAGUUGUCCCUUCUGUAAAAGCCUGUUCAAAUCUCUACGGCACCACAACUUGGCGUGUCCUGGCUGGCCGUCCGAUCUUGGACGACGACUUUCCUGCAGGACUAGGAUUUAAUUCAACAGACCAGGAGACGGUGAACCUGUAAAGAAAACAUGCAGGGGUCACACAUACGCUCCUUAGAAAACUGCUGCUACAGGGGAGUGGACCUGGAGCUAGGAUGCUGUAGAAAUGGUGGCCAUGUCUGCCGUUUGUGACUUCUGACGAUUCCUUCUGUAUACUGUCCUUGAUAUGAGAGAGGAAGUACGGGGUGGCGUAGGCAGCAGGUCUCUGGUGGGGUUGCUGAAUCAGUAUAUUGUGACUGUCAUCAUGGAGGCUUGUAUGAAGCACACUGGAGUUUCGGACCAACAGAGGUAUAAUGAUGAUAAUUAUGAUGGGGGAUAAUGAGGUUGAAGAUGGCCCCAUGUUUGCUGCUGCUGUGUGUGUGCGUACACGUGUGUACGUAUGUGUGUGUGUGGUAUAGGUGCCUCCCCCCUCCCAGGCCGUGCUCAUAGCUCCGGCCAUGUCUCCUCUCUGUACAGACCCCCUCCAGCUGGUCAGGCAGGACACGGCCCUGUGUACAGACAUCCCUGUGUCUCGUUGAUCUUCCAAGAUUUGUUUUAUAUGUUUAUAUAAAAAACAACUAUUUCACAUAAUAAAAAGGGAAAACGGA